CACCAUGGCGCAGCUCGGCGCGAGCGGCGGUGCUAGCGGGGAGGCGCGCGUGGCUCCGGCCGCGGCGCGCCAGUGGUGCGGUGGCGGCGACGGUGGCGGCGAGGCGCAAGUUUACCGCGUGCCGAUCGUGCAGCCCGACCUGCGACGGGAGGAGACGGUGCAGCACAUCGCCGAUGCGCUCGAGGCCCUGUCGCGCAUCUCCAUCGACAUCUUCUCACGGCUCUCGCAGAGGAUCGAAGAGAACAGGAGCCGGCUGCAGGGUCUGGACACACGCCUCUGUCUGGCCCAGGCCAAGAUUGACCACAUGAAGGGCAGCAAAAAGGCCAUCAAGGUUUUUUCCAGCGCCAAGUACCCGGCGACAGAGGGGCUCGACGACUACGUGUCGGUGUUCACCGGCGCGGGAGACGGCGGCGAGGUGCGGCGCCCGCGCUACAAGCUGCAGAGCAAGCACCGCGUGCUGGAUGAGCGAGCCGUCAAGGAGAAGCUGCAGAUGUACCACGUGGGUGUGAGCCGCAGGCGACGGCAAGGCGACGAAGAGGCCGAGGAGGGGCUGGGAGGUCUCCCGCGCAACAUCAACUCCAUCAGCUCCCUGCUUCUAUUCAGCACUGCUGAGAACCCGUACAAGAAGUACGUGAUGCUGGACCCGCUGUCGGGCGCCGUCACCAAGACACGCACGGCUCUGCAGGACGAGGUGUACAAUGGACCCGGGGAGGCGCCCAUCUCCAUCGCACAGCGCGAGCAGAUGGAGCGCAUGACCUUGGAGAGCUACUUCUACGUGCCGGACCUGGGCCAGGUUCCCGAGAUCGAUGUCCCGUCGUACCUGCCCGACCUUCCCGGCGUGGCGGACGACCUCGCCUACACGCUGGACAUGGGCCCCAGCAUCGCGCCCUCCGCCAUCUCGGCGGCCAGUCUCCCUGAACUGCCCAACUUUGAGCCGGGGCCCGGCGAUGGCCUGCUGCUGCCGGUUCCCUCCGGGGCUGCACCCCCUCCGCCUCCGCCGCCUCCUCCACCUCCUCCUCCCCCGGGGCCUCCGUCCGGGAUGCUCCCACCGGGCCCCUCGCCCGGAAUGGCCGGCGGCGGUCUGCCGGGCCCACCGCCUCCGCCGCCCCCACCGCCGCCUCCACCGCCGCUCUCCGGCCCGGCUUCCGGCACAGACGUCCCUCAGCCGGCGCUCGGGGUUUUGCAGGGCGCCCCGAGCGAGAUAGCGCAGCCCUCGGGGAACCGGGCCAACCUGCUGGAGUCGAUCCGCCAGGCCGGUGGCAAGACGUCCCUGCGCAAGGUGAAGGAGCGCAAGUUCGAGAAGAAGAAGCAGAAAGAACAGUCAGCGUCUGGCGUGGCGGCGGGAGGUGACCUGAUGUCCGACCUCUUUAACAAGCUCCAAUUGCGUCGUAAAGGCAUCUCGGGCUCCAAGGCGAGUGGCGGGGAUGCCUCGACGGCCGCGGGGUCGUCGUCGUCGUCGUCCGGGGCAUUUGCCCGCAUGGCCGACGCCAUCCCGCCCCCUCCGGCCGUCGCGGGGGGGAGCGGCAGUCCCGGAGGCGGCGGUGGCGGCGAGGAGGACUGGGCUGACUGAGACUGCACCCCCCUGCACCACCCACACCCCCCCCCCCCCACACCGGGAUCUUACCGGGUGAUGGGCGGCACGCCGGAUAAUCCCGCCACCUUCGCACCCCCCCACGUUGCCGCGGCGUAUCCAAUCGAACGGGAGGAGGAGGGGGGGGCGGCGAAAGCUUUUGUCGGCUCGCGACGGCCAAACAUUAAAAGUGGAGGAGCACUUUCCGCGCGCAGGUGGGCCCCCGAGCGGGAAAUCCGCCGGGCUGCUCAUUGAUUUCCGAUGCCUGUGAGGGCGCCGCUUAGUUUCGGGGGUGGGGGGGGGGGGGUGUGAUAUUGCACCUCUGCCGCUCGUCUCCGCGCGAGGCUUUUGAAGCUGCUGUUCUCGCCCCCCGGUGUCGCGGAGAACGAUUGGAUGCUGUGGUGCGCAGAGUUCCUGCGGACGGCGUAGAUCCCGCAGCCGUGCUUCCUGCGCAGUCUUACGUUUAAAGCACCCAAUUGGCACUGCCGCCUCGACAAAGCCGCGUUCGUGCCGACAUCAUCAUCGGCAUCAUCGACAUAUUCUUGGGUUUUUUCGGUUAAGUCACGUAGGUAAAAAUUUAAAAUCAAAAUUAAUA